CGGUAUGGCAUGGGCUGUGGAAGUACUAUUCGGCGUUACAUUUUUCGUUGGACCCAACCACUAAAGUCCCGUGUGUAAUUAACGCUAAUCGUGUAGGCGUGUAGCCAAACAUUUGGGAUUUCUUCCAUUUCUAAAACCCUUCUGCCAAAACCCUUUUUCUUAUAAACUUGUGCUCAGCCCUGUUAAGCUCUUUUGUUUUCCUUUCUCAAAUCCCAGUCUCUAUGCAGCAUUCUUCUCACAAGCUCUCAUGUGAAAUGCUUGCAUAUUGCUUUCCGUUAAUCAUUCAGCUAUCAAAUUACAAAAGCAGGAUUAUCCAUAACAUUGGUUUGCUUGUGGGUAAUUUGAAGUAUAGGAGAACAUAUUCCAGCCAGAAUCUACUUGAGCCAGUUAGUGGAAGGCUCAUCACUAGUAGUCAAUUUGUCAAUCACCCUUCUCAAAGAAGGUUUAGUCAAUCUAGUUGUUAUCAGAAAUUCGCACCUGCUGAAACUCAUUCUAUCCUUCGGUCCAGUAGUCUUCAGCAUCGGUUCAAAAAGUGGCAAGAACUGAGAAAGCAUAAAUUGACAGCUAGCACAUUUGCUGGGGCUGUCGGCUUUUUCCUUUCGCGAAGGACCAAGCUCUGGCUAGAGAAACUUGGGGCAAUUCCUCAUACAAGAGUAAUAUCAAUUGUGUUCCAUCAUCCUAAUUCGGGUGUAUCAAUAUUAAAGUUCUGUGUUAACCUUGAGGGGCAACGCCCACUACACGAUUACACUGAUUAGUACGAAUUUACUUCUAAAGUAGUAGUUCUUCCACGGUAUAGUGAUUCUUUCUUUUAUUUGCGCUUGGUUUAUUUUUCAAUCAGUGCUAACAAUUUUGUUUUACAGUCGUAUUUUUCCAACACAGGUGAGAGUCUCCCUCACAACUAUUUGAAAGGAAAACUGAUGUGGUUUGUAGAGUUGGAAGCCUGUCAUGUCUAGUAGAUUUGAUGAUGGAAUCAUUGGCCUUUAGGCCUUCGUCUUGUACAAGUCAUUCUUCUUGUUUUAGGUAUCUGUCUUGAUUUAAGUCUCGUCUGUAUGGAAUGUCUUUCUAUUAAUGAAACGAAAUGCAUGCUAAAAA